UUUUCUAUCACCACUAAAUAAAACUAGCAACUACCAUAACAAACAUUGAUUACAUUACAUGAAAUGGAUUUAGAGGAAGAGGAUACAUUCCUGCCCCCACAACACACGAAUAAAUUCGGUAUACCAAAUGAACCGGAACUGCUCAAUGAGCAUGAGCUGUACAAGCCUUCGAAGGGCACGCGCACGCUACUCAGCGAGCGGGAUCGAGAGAUAUAUGCGGAGGCUUUUAUAGAAGACCCCCGCCUCUUAACUUUAUCGAAUUUAUGUGUGCGUAUCUUGGCCAAGCGGGGAACGAGGAACAUUGCCUUGCCCGUGCAGCAGGAUCUACUGAAGCUGCGAAUUCAUUAUGAUUCCAUUGAUGUUAACCUACCGCUCAAGCAUUGCUACUUUGUGAAGGAUGUGCGCUACUGGCAGCGGGUGGUACUGGCCAAGUCUUCAGAUAAGUCCCUGCGACUCAAGAAGUUUCAAGAGUACGAUUGGAGGGGCAAGGGUCUUAGUAUUAAGUUUGCCGAGUUGGUCGAAGCUUGUCCUGCUGAGUUUUGGCCUGAAGCCAAAAUGGCAAGGCUCGCUUGGAAAAUACGGGACAGUGUUCGAUCAAUGCAUAUUAAACAUUUGCAAUCUCUCAAGGACUAUUCCUUUGAACAGUAUAUACAAAGCGAGUCGGAAAUUGAUGUCACAUCGGAAGAAUCAGAUGAGGUAAUAAUAUCUAGCGAUGAACCCGACACAGUUGAAGAGGAAGCCGAAGAAGAGCACGAAGAUAUUCCAGAGCCGGCGAAAGAAAACAAAACCAAACUCAAGGCGACAAAAAGAGUUUCAAUUACGGGCUCCGUAAAAUCUGCAAAAUCGUCGCAUUCAGUUCGUUAUCAGGAGGAGCAGCGAAGUACAGAAAAGUCGGUCAGGCGUAGUAAAGAGGAUAAGCAUGUGGAAAAGAGUGAUUAUUUAGGAUUUGGAGUUGAUGAACGAACGAUGGAACGUCGUAGAGCCCGCUAUGCUCGGAAUGAACAAAGGCAGUUACUGAGGGAUCUGCAGUUGAAAAAGAAAGAAGAGCGUGAGCUACGCCGGCGUCGCCGAUCUCUUUUACGGAAGCCUCCAGUGGUUGAGGAAAUUUUUGUUAAGAAACGCAAGCUUAAGAAGAAAAUCAAGGGGGUUCUAGAUAUUGAAGUAGAGCCGGAACCGGAUGAUGGCGAAGACAAAAUUCCAGAUAAGCGGAACAAGGAAAAGCUGUUACAACGCAUCAAGCGCUACAAUUAUCCAUCGGAGCAUUGCCACCAUAUUGAUUUGAGUUUUGUACGAUGGUUCGACAAUCUUGUAUCAUUCACUUUGGAAUUUCUGGGACCCCAUAUGGGUCUAGAUUAUCACAAUCGGCAUUUGAACUUCUCUUUAGAUGACAUAAUACGUCUUUCAAAGGGUCUGAGAUCAUUAGACAAGUUGAAAAUUUUUCGAUUGCGCAAUAGCCGCAUGGAUAAUAUGAAAUUGCAUAUCUUGACGCGCGCUUUGAAGAAUUUGGAGACGAUUGAGGUAAUUGAUCUCGGAUUCGACCAGCUGUCUGAUGAUUGCGGGACGUCGUUGGCAGCUUUAUUCGAAAACGAAAGCUCCCUCAAAGCCUUGGAAUUGGAAAACAACCGGCUAGGCAUUAACGCAAUGGAUUCAUUGGGUAUUGCACUUAGAUUUUAUAAUCAUCAUAGCUUGGAGUAUCUGGGCUUGGCGCACAAUCCUCUAGGAAGUGAAGGACUGAGUGCGAUAUUCAGACACAUUAUGGGAACCAAGCAUGUACAAGAGUUAAAUCUGUCAGGCAUUAAUGGCGACAAGAUAGCUGUUCAACGUUCAGUUACUACUUUGUUGAGAAAUCAUGAGCCACUACGUCGCUUACAUAUUGCGGCUAUUCCCUUUAAUCCGAUUCUUGGAAAGGGCAUUAUUCGGGCCUUGGUGUCAAAUCACAAAGUUAUACAUUUCGAUUGUCGUGAAUGUGAAUUUGAGAGUGAUGAAGAGUUCGAAGCAGACCUUAUAGUUCGACGUAACAACUUUGAGUUGGAUAACACAUAUUUGGGCGAUACUACAAAAACCGAGGAGGAUAUUAUGGACUACAUUAAUAAUAUGAGACACCCAAUAUUGCAAAGAGUACAUGAGCAUAUUAUGUGCAGAGACGAAUGCAUUAAGUAUCGACCUGACAAAACACCAAGUGAGAUUAGUGUGAAAGAAGAAGAACCGGUGGAGGAGGAAUACGAUAUUUGGGCAGUUCUAGGAAUCAAAACAAGUUUGGCACCUCCAAAACCAGAACCGGAGCCAGAGCCGGAACCUCCAACAGUAGAGGAAUCAGAUCUUGAUUUUGGUCCGUUUGUGUAUGACCCUAAUACGUUCGAUAUUGAUCAGUUUAGAGAAUUCGUUCACAAUCCAGGUCCCGAAAAUCGCUUUUAUUAUUUACAAAAUAAUAAAGAGCCCUAAGCUGGGUUGCUGUACAUGGUGUUUUAAAAAGUAAA